AUUUUCGUUUCACACGCACGUGUAUUUUCUUUAUAAAUAAUGAGUAAAGUUUACGAUAUAAGGUAGUGAAGACGUAAAGCAUGGGUAAAGAGUCGCCGUGCGGCGUGUGCGGGGAGACGGAGACGCGGCUGGUGGACGGGUUCUACUACUGCGCGGAGUGCGGCACGCAGGACAUCAACCUGCAGGAGACGGUGGUGGAGCACACGCUGCGCGCCGACGGCACGGCGCUCGUGGCGCGCCGCUCGCGCUACCGACUCAACAUCGAUGACGGCGUCGAAAUGAGCAUGGAGUGGUACAAGUGGCACAAGUACAACUUCCUGCUGGCGGGGCUGACGGAGCAGCUCAUCGAGCUGGGCGCCGCCCCGAGUCUGCGCAUGAAGGUGCUCUGGAUCUGGAGCCGCUACAUCAAGAUGUUCCAGAAGAAGGAAGAGAUGGGUCCUGCGCCCGUGCUGUCACAGCUGAACGUGAGCUCCUCCUCCAGCGAGGACGAGGCGGAGCAGGAGCCGGCGGACGCGGCGCCGCGCAAGGGCAAGCGCCUGGACCGCGUCACCUGCUACCUGCUGGUGGCCAUCCUGGGGCUGGCGCUCAACGUGGACCGCAGCGCCAUCCUGGAGUCUCGCUUCACGCGGCUGCUGCGCUGGCGGCUGGUGCCGGUGGCGGACAUCUUCCGCCACGUGCCGGCCGAGAUCCUCCGCAAGACGCGCCAGCACCGGCGCCUCUUCGCCGCCUCCAGCAUGCUCACCGGCUUCAGCCUCGCCCCCUACCUCAUGUGUCGCGUGUCGAAGCUGCUGGAGCUGGGCGGGCCGCUGACGCCCGACCUGGACGCCAUCGUGCACUCGCAGCUGCGCGAGCUGCGGCUGCCGCGCGCGCUCUCCCAGCUCGUGCGCGCGCUCAUGCACGCGGCGCCCGUGCCCUUCGCCACGCGCAGGAAGGAGCGCUUCGACAAGCAGCAGGGCGAGCGUUUCCCGGAGUACGAGACGACGGUGAUGGCGUACGUGAUGGUCGCGCUCAAGAUGUGCUUCGGGCUCGACGACGCCCGCGAGAGGGCGCUGUCCGCCGCCGUCGACGCUAUCAACGAGGAAGCCGGCCACCCUCGCGCGUACACGUCAGACCCGGAGCCGACCGGUCGCCUGUUCAGCUUCCGCGAGUGGGCGGCGCACUUACAGCUGCGCGCUCUGCUGACCGCCGCACACUGCGCGCCGCUCGCCUGGAGCCGCGCCGAGCCCGCGCAGGACCUCGCCAGCCUCGAGCAGUUCCGGGACCACACCGUCGACCACGCCGCCGACCCCCACAAGAGUAUAAAGAAGGGCAGCAAGGCGCGGCUGACGGACCAGGUGACGAUGGAGAUCCUGGACCGCAUCCCGCAGCGGAGCGCGGCGCGCGUGCUCUCGCGGCGGACGCUCGCGCCCGCGCUGGCCGCGCGCGAGCCCGCCGCCGCCGUCGCGCGCGCCGUCAUGGACCUGCUGCCGCCCGAGCAGAGCCGGCUCCUCGACGAGGACUUCACGCACUACUCCCUGGACUACGCCUUCAAGCACCUCGCGCUGCCCGCCGCCCGAGCCGACUCCGAGCUGUUCCGCGGCGUCCGCCCGCGCGACGCCGGCGGCGAGACCUUCGGCUCCGACGUGUACUACAGCCUCGCCGACGCCGCCCCCGUCUUCAUCAAGAACUGCUCCAACGAGCACUGGGCCGAGGCGCCGCGCGCGCGGCUCUCCCGCGAGCUCGACGAACACGCCGAACGAGACUCCCGAGAGAGUUUAGAGGAACGACGAUUAGAAACAUUCCUAGAGGAGGACGACGGCUGCAAUAUUUUCGACGACGACUUCUCCGAUAUUCCGAUUAAAGACGAGAAAAUGGAUCCGAACGUCGGCGACGCGCCGGAAGAUGUAGGUUUGGGCGACGAGCUGGACGACUGGGCCCUCCCGGCCGUCGAGCGCUCGCGGCGCUCGCGGGACACGUUCGACAGCGACGACGAGCCCGAGCCGCAGUUCGACCCGCGCGCCUUCGACCGCCGGGAGGUCAUCAAGGAGCUCCUGCGCGGCGCCUACGAGAGGUGCCACCUCACGCAGGUGCCCGUGCGCUUCCUCUCCCACGGCGAGAAGACCAGAACCAAGGCCGACCGCGCCCCCGCCGACGUCCCGCUGCGCGAGUUCACGCGCGGCGUCGGCUCCGAGCACUGGGACAACAAGCUCCGCGCGCGCGCGCGCACGCAGCGCGUCGAGGAGCUGCUCGCCGACUACCGCCGCCACCUGCGCGGCGACGCGCUGCACCAGCUCGAGCGCUCCGUGCGCGCCUUCACCGCCGCCGCCGACGCCGACGCCGUCCUCGAGCCCGACCUCACGCUACACGAAUCUGCGCUCCCCGAGGCGGCGGACGUAGACGACUCUGGAGACGUGGAGCUACUCGAAAAUGAAACCAAAAAGGAUGAGGACGACGAGGACUCGUGCGAGGACCGAGCCUACGACCCCGUUCUCAAAAGCGGCGCCGACUUCGAUGAAAAAACGCACGACGUCGACCGGCUGUUCGUGAGGCUGAAGUCGCCGGCGCCGGAAUCGGAAGAACCCGGCAUCGAGGUCGACGACGGCCUCGCCGCCAUCGUCGACCGAGCGAUCGGGAAGAGGACGAUAAAAACGCCGAAGAAAAUAGAAACAAAAGUCAUCGAGACCGACGUCGACCACCUGGUGGACGAUCCGGAGCGCGUCACCGAAUUCAAUUACUGGUUCCUGAAGUUCGACAAACAUUUCCAGACGGCGGCCGGGAUGCCGGUGCGCCGCAUGGAGCGCGCGCUGGAGGCGGCGUCGCCGCGCGGCUUCUGGCGCGUGCUGAAGGAGGCGGCCGCCGCGCUCGCCGCGCCGCCGCUGCGCCUCGCGCGCCGCCUCGCCGACGUCGAGCACCGCCUGCUGCGGCUGCUGGCGACCAUCCGCAGGACCACGAGGGGAGGCGAGCCGGGGAGACCUCGCAAAAACCACGAACGUCCGGAACGGACAAACCGGUACUCUAAAAGAAAACGGGGGAGACCUCGCAAAGAGAGGCGUCUGGAAGAAAGCGACUCGCCCUCGAACUCGGAUAGACGCCGCGAAACCUUCGAAGAUGUCGGCGCCUCCGGGAACCGGGACCGUUCAGAUAUUAACGACUCGCAGGAAUGUAAUCCGGAAAGACUCUGCGAAGAUUUAGAAGAUUCUAGCGCCUCGCAGAAUAAACUAAGAGAGCGAAAAAAGCCCCGCAAAACCAUGGAUUCUUCCUCGGAAGACGGCGAACCCCGGCGUUCGAGAUGGGGAAGAUCCGGAACACGGCGGAGACCGGAAACGACCGGCGACGACUCGGAAGAUUCGAGCGGCUCCGGAGGUCGGGAACGGCCGAGGACACGAGGGAGACCGCGUCAAACUAGACAACAAUAUAUUUCAGGUAAGAGCUCGGAAAGUGAAACGUCCCGCAAACGCUUGGAGAAUUUCAGUUCCUCGAAGAAUAGGGGUGAAUCAGAGAAAAUAAGAAUAUCGCGUGAACCUUCGGAUGACAGCUCAGAACAUAGCGACUCGCAGGACAGCAGAACAGAUAAACCUAAGAAACGCUUAGAGCGUGCGCGGAAUAUGGAGCGACUAAGUAAACGGGAGAAAUGUGACCCCGCCCACGAAACCGCGAGAAAGAAUCUUUCAGACACUAGUGAUUCGCAAAAUUGUAAUCCGGGAAGAUUCUGCGUCCGUUCAGAAAAUUCUAGCACCUCCCAUAAUAAUCCAGGAAAACGAGAAAACUCCUCUUUAGAAGACAGCCUCUGCCAGUAUUCGAGAUCAAAAAGACGCAGAAUACUCUCAGAAGAUAGCGACUCGGACGAAUCGGGAUCAGAAAGAUCCAAAAAAGACGUAGUAGCAUCGAGCUCGAGCGCCUCGCGGGGUCGGGGCCGCGACCGGCCGAGACAAGCGCACGAAAGUGGUCAAGAAGACGACCGCACUUCGCAGAAUCAGGAACAACUUCCGCGUUCAUAUGCGGACGAAGACUCUCUAGAACUAAGCAGAAGUAGAAAAGUUCCGGAAAGAGCCAGCAUAAGUUUAAGCUCUAGUCAUAUAGAAGAUGGCAGUACAUUUUUAGAAUCGACACGUACAGUUGAGAACGCUUCACAGAAGCUGGAGCAACCGAAAAAAAGAGGAAGGCCUCGCAAAUACGUGGACCGUGAAUCUUCAGGCAAGAAGUUACAGACACCAGACCAACCUAGGAAAUGGGGACGACCGCGAAAAUGUGUGGAUGUAACGUCUCCAGGCAAGGAGUUACAAACUCCGGAACAACCUAGGAAACGAGGAAGACCGCGAAAAUACGUGGAUGGGAAACCUCCAAAAGGAAAGGCUCAGAGUCCUGACCAGCCUAGGCAUGAAAUUGUAUUAUCGGACAAAAGUAUUUCAAAUGAUAAAGACGUUAACAAAUUGGAACCAGAAAAUAAGGACUUAGAAGAGUCGAGAUCCUUGAGGAAUCAGGACCAACCAAGGAAACACGAAAAGCCCCUUAAAUCCUUGGGUGAAAGCCAUUUAGAAGACAGUGACAGUUCGGGUCAAGAAGAUGAUAACACUUCACGGAAUACGGAACAACUUCCGCGUUCAUAUGAGGAAGAAAAUUCUCCAGAACAAGGCUCCUCACACGAGAAACCCUCGGUAAGAUCCAGCAUACGUUUAAGCUCAAGUCAUAUAGAAGAUGACUGCACAGGUUUAGACUCGACACAAAUAGAUAAAAGCGCUUCACAAAAGCAGGAGCAACCGAAAAAAACAGGAAAACCCCGUAAAUAUAUGGACGGGAAGUCUCCAGGCAAAAAGUUACAAACUCCGGAACAGCCUAGGAAACGCGGUAGACCACGCAAAUAUGCAUUUCAACAUCCAGACGAACCUCGGAAACGAGGCAGACCGCGCAAAUACUUCGACAAAGACCUGCAAAAGGAGGCGCUGUCCGGUGCUGCAAAUUCUCACAAAGAAAGCAUGUCAGAAAAGAUAACUGUUGACAGAGAAUGCAUAUAUUCAAGCGUAUAUUCAGACUCGAGUUGUGAAGAAGAUGAAAGAGCUUCGGACAACCAGGACCAAUCGAAGAGACGGGGAAGAUCUCGCGAAUACGUUGACGACACUCAUGAAUCCGACACACACUCUGACACGAAUCAGGAGCAACAAAUUCGCCGUAAAUCCUUGCACAAGAAUCAUUCCUAUCGCAUAGAGAGCAAAGAUAUGGACGUUGCUAAUACCUCGCAGGACGAGAGCACACAGAGUCCAGAUCAACUUAUUAACGAAAAACUAGAUAAAUCCACGGACGAAAGCCUUUCAGAAGAUAGCGACUCUGAGAAAAUGGGACCAGAAAACAAGGAUUUACAAUACUCGAGCUCCAUGCGGAAUCAGGACAAACCAAGAAAACGCGAAAAGCCCCUUAAAUCCUCCGAUGAAAGUCUUUCAGACGAUAGUCACACUUCGGGUCAAGAAGACGAUAGCAUUUCUCAGAAUCAGAAACAACUUCCGCGUUCAUGUGUAGACGAAGACCCUCCAGAACAAUGCUCCUCACACGAGAAAACUCCGGGAAGAUCCAGCACGUGUUUGGACUCGACACGUACAGACGAGAACGCUUCACAGAAGCUGGAGCAACCGAGAAAAAGAGGAAGACCCCGUAAAUAUAUGGACGGGAAGUCUCCAGGCAACAAGUUACAGACUCCGGAACAGUCUAGGAAACGCGGUAGACCACGCAAAUAUGCAUUUCAACAUUCGGACGAGCCUCGGAAACGAGGCAGACCGCGCAAAUACUUCGACAAAAACCUGCAAAAGGAGGUGUCCGGUGCUGCAAAUUCUCACAAAGAAAGCAUGUCAGAAAAGAUAAUGGUUGAAAGAGAAAGCAUGUAUUCAAGCGUAUAUACGGGUUCGGACUCGAGUUGUGACAACUCGGACAACCACGACCAAUCGGAGAGACGGGGAAGACCUCCCGAAUACGUUGACAACUCUCAUGAAUCCCACACACACUCUGACGUGAAUCAGGAGCAACAAAUUCACCGUAAAUCCUUGCACAAGAAUCAUUCCUAUCGCAUAGAGAGCAAAGACAUGGAAGGUGCUAAUACCUCGCAGGACGAACUGAAGGAACUAGGAAGUCUCCGCAUAUUGGUGGAUGAGAACGACUCGGGUACUAGCGACUCCGAAUCGUUCCCUCAAGAAUGCCCAAGAAAACGAGGUAGACCUCUUAAAUACGUAGAUGGAAACCGUCCACAGCCUAAUCACGAUCCACCAAGAAAACGGGGAAGACCGCGUAAAUCUUUGGAUAUAAAUCUUUCUGAAGAGUAUGGCUCGCCGAAACAGGAGCAACGUGACCAACCUAAGAAACAGGGAAGAUUCCGUACAUCCUUGGACGCACAUUUUACAGUAGACAGGGACUCACUAAAUCCCGGCCCACCGAGAAAACGAGGGAGACCGCGUAAAUCAUUCGACAUCAAUCUUUCAGGAGACAGGGACUCACCGAAACUGGACCAACCUCUGAAGCGAGGAAGACCACGCAAAUCCAUGGACGGGAAUGAUAGAGCACGUAGCGACUCGCCUGAACAGAACACAUCAAGAAAACGAGGAAGACCGCGCAAAUUCAUGGACGCAAAUGUUUCAGUAGAUAGGGACUCGCCGAAUCACGGAAACCCACCAAAAAAACUACGGAGACCGCAUAAAUCCUUGGACAUGCAUCUAUCAGAAGAUAGUGAGUCGCCGAAACAGGACGCCGCUAAGAAACGGGGAAGACCACGCAAAUCCAUGGACAAUAAUAUUACUGAACAGGUUGGCAGUGGCUCGCCGGAACAGCACCCGCCGAAAAAACGAGGAAGACCGCGCAAAUCCAUAGAUGGAAAUGUUUCUGAAGGCAGCGACUCGAAACAGCACCAGCCUAGGAAACCGGGCAGACCACCCAAACGCUUCCACGAGAACCUGCCAGACACAAGUUCCUCGCAGAGUACCUCAGAUAAAUCUACAACAUCAUCAGACUCGAAUCAUAUCGAAAGACCAACAUCCAGCGAAGACAAAAAGGGUGGAAGUGAUUCACAGAGCGGAAAGUGUUCAAAAAAUGAAUCCGAGGAUGUCGUAUGCGAAGCAAAAACCAUCUUGCAAGAGAAGAAACCGGAACAGUCAAAUUCCAGUAAAGACUCCGAAGACGCAAGUGUUUUAAAAUCACAGGAGCAACCAAGAAUGGAAUCCGUGGAAGAUAAUGAAACUAAUAACUCGCAAGAAAAGAAACCAAACAGACCGAAACCCAGCAAAAACAUAAAGAACAAGGAACAUCCAAGCAAAGAAGGAAAACCUCGUAAAUUCAUGGAUUCCCCGGAGAUAAGCGUACUGUACAAGAAACCAAUAAGACCUAGCGCAUACUUGGGCUGGAGACCUCUAGGAAACGCGAGCACUCCGCAGCACACGCCCAACCAGCGCCGGUUCAGCUCGUACGGCGACAGGAGUCUCGCGGACCUGAGCGCCAUCCAGGGCGCCGCAGCUGAUGCAAGCUUGCUGCAGAACAAAACGGUAGACUACUCGGAAACUAAAGUCAUUAAUUUCGAUCAGUUCUGAUGAUAAUGACUACAUCAGGAACCUUUUACUCCUACGGGGUCUCGAAAGCCGAAGACAUGGUUGGUGUACUGUAUAUAAUUCGCGAAAUAUGGUGUUCACGCCCUCUGUUACGAAUUUUAUUAUUCCAAAUUAUUAUUCCAAAUUCCGUUAAAUUAUUAUUCCAAAUACGUAUAGUAAGGACAUGUAAAAUAUAUUUUAUCAAUAAAUGAUCGUAUCGUAUCGUAUCGUAAGUAGUGUUACCUUCGUAUUUCAUAUUAAAUAAUUCAUUUCUAGAUAAUGUCUUGAAUGAAACGUACAAUGCGACAGAAAAAUGUAGAGAAUUGGGGAGGGCGCCACUGAGCUUCAACAGGCAAAAUUUAUUACACCACCUAAACGAUAUUGAUACUUGCGUAAUUACUCAUAACUAUGUAUUAAUUUUGUAUCAAGCAAAAACGUCUGCGAAGGAAAAUAACCAUUUUAUAAUUGAAAUAAAAAUGAGAAGAUAAUAAUUAUGUAGAAUAUACUGGGAUAUUAAAUUAUAAAGAAUUGCACGUCCGUUGAGAUGUGAUUUCGUUUGACAUAAUAUUAAAUAUGAAUUCCUUAACCUACCCACGACUUCACUGGCCGGCGAUCAGCUGUGAUACACGCUUGAGGCAGGUACUCAGUCAUAUACAUACAAUAUCACAUUCAUUUGUAAAACGUCUAAAAGUAUUGGUUGCGCUAUAGAAUAUGUCAGUAUACGGUCGACUACAAAGAGAUGUAUACAUUUUUUCACCUUAUUGCAUUGUAAUAAGGUGAAAAAAUGGAUACAUCUCUUUGUAGUCGACUGUAUCACGACAAUGUAACAGUUAUUUUCAGUUUAAAUAAGGGUAAAAUACACAGAAAUUAUCAAUAAUAAGCGUAUCUGUAGCUUUAUUUACGUAUAAAAAGCUAUAUUAUAUGUAACACAUACCAGUCAAUUCAGCCGUUCGUUUGUGAACAUCGCCUGAAAUUGGCAAUAGUUUCCAGCCGGCGUAUUAUGCUUCCAAUUUUAUCACUUAUCGACGUGGAUAAGACAUCUGUCACUCUCACACUGACAUAUUCGCCAAAGCGUGACAGAUGUCUUAUCCUCCUGGAUAAGUGAUAAAAUUGGAAGCAUGAUACACCGGCAGCGUAAGAUUCGCUCAAACACCUAAAUAAUAUACACAUUGUUUAAAACUUUCCGGGCAUCUAUACGUAUGGUUUUGUUCAUUCUGUUUAUAUGAAAACUAUUAUCUUUGAGCAAAACACACGUACCAGAAAUUUUGUAAAACAAAAUUCGUUUAAGAGGCAAAAAUCAAAUGUUUAGACAUAAUAAUAUUGUUUGACAAGACAAUUGGUGUUGCUACACAUAGUUCUGUUUUAGUUCCACUUUACUGCGUUCACUAUACUUAGUAUUCUGUCGCACUUGUAAGGGGCCCACAGCCUAUAAGUUCGGCGGACGGCCACGGUCCGUUAGAAUUAGAACUAAAAAGUAACCGUGCCCGUGCCGAAGAACUGAAAAGCCGUUGCCGUCUGACUGAGUGAGUGGUUCUUUUUACUAUUGGACUUUUGUGUAAUAUACUGGAUACUGGCUUCAGAAUAUCUAUUUGUUACCUAACAUGUAAAGUAGUCGUAUCACUCGUAUCGUAUUGUUAAGUGGUUAUUACUUAUUACGUAAGUAAAGAAUAUUUAUUGAAUCUUUGUUUUAUAUUAAGAUUCCAACAUUAAGCAACUGUCGUGCUAGUGACACUUUCAUUGUAUAAUUACGAGAAAGCUCCCAAGUUGGCCAAGUUUAACAACUUGGAAAAAUACAUCGAAGGAAGUAUAGGUAUCUACUUAAUUUUAACAACUGUUGAUUAUAUUUUGAUAAUAGAGCCAAAACUUGAAUUUAAUGCUUGUAGUAGCUAUACGUGGAAAAAACCGUUUAAUUACUAAAAUUUGGUCAGUUUCGAGUGAUUGUUGAGAUUUCUCCACAAAAAGUCACCAAGGUACAUCUAAAUUAUAUGUUAUUUAUUAGAUCACAAAUCACAGUAGCCAUGUUAAAGCAAGUAAUAAGGAGAAAAUACGUACGUCGCACUGAAAAAGUAGUAAAUUCAUGAGCGGUAUAAGGCCUCUUAAACUGAUUUGUUGAAGAUGGCAAAAAAUAAAGAGUAGAAAUUAAAAAGUGGCAACAUUGAAGAGUCGUCCUAUUUAUGUCCCAUUAUGGGGAAAACGACGACACCAAGAUAAGUUCAAUGUUGCCACUUUUUAAUGUAUACUCUUUUUUUUUUGCCAGACUAGGUAUCUACAUAGUGCACCUACUUCCUCGUACUUUUGCCGUGAAAAUUAAAUUUAAAUUUCGAAGUCUCUUAUUCGUUCCUCAUAGUGACAUUAUCAAUUGUGACAUUGCAGACACGUCAAUUGGUCGUGUACUGUUUAGCUGUUUGUCGUAAAAUAGUGGUAAUGUUGCGAAAUUCCUUGUCGCUGUUAAGUGGGCCGGCGCGCGCGCCGAGCCGCACGGUGGUGCCGGCGCGCAAGUGGAACCAGUGCACCAUGUGCAUCAGCCUGCCGCCGCGCAACCCGCACUCGCUCGGAGAGUCGAUAAUGCACGGCGGGUUCAUGAUGGUGGUUUGGAUCGCGCCCUUGCUCAUCCUCAUGUCUCAGAUCAAGGUCUGGAGGCGCAAAUAUGGUUCAAACUAGACUAAAGGUGUUAUUUAUAUUUGUGUCAAAAAAUAA